AUGAGCGCAGAGUUGGACGUGGACAGCAUGCUGUGUCGGAUCCUCGGCAGCGGGCAGACCGGCUACGGUAUCACGCGCACCAUCAAGGAGGGCGAGAUCGUGCAGCUGUGCGCCAAGGCCAAAGAAGUCUUCAUGUCUCAGGGGUCGAUGCUCGAGGCCAUGCCUCCCAUUAAAAUCUGCGGUGAUGUCCAUGGGCAGUUCUCGGACGUGCUCCGCAUCUUCGACCGCACCGGCUUCCCCCCGUCGGUCAACUACAUGUUCCUCGGCGACUACGUGGACCGCGGGGAGCAGAGCCUCGAGACGAUAUGCCUCUUCUUCUGCUACAAGAUCAAAUACCCCGAGAACUUCCUGCUGAUACGCGGCAACCACGAGUGCGCGGCCAUCAACCGCGUCUACGGCUUCUACGACGAGUGUAACAGGCGCUACCAGAGCCUCCGUCUCUGGCAGUACUUUCAGGACGUGUUCAACGCGAUGCCGCUGUGCGGGCUGGUCGGCGGCCGGAUUCUGUGUAUGCACGGGGGACUGUCGCCACGCUUGAAGACCCUUGAUCAGCUCCGCCAGCUGUUUCGGCCCAUCGACCCGCCCAACCCGUCGCUACACGUCGACCUGUUGUGGGCCGAUCCGGACAAUUACAUUACGGGCUUCCUACCCAGCAACCGUGGCCUGUCCUACGUCUUUGGCCCCGAUGUCGUCAAGGCCACCUGCCAGCGGCUGGACAUUGACCUCGUCGUCCGGGCCCACCAAGUCGUACAGGACGGCUACGAGUUUUGCGCCAACCGCAGAAUGGUGACCAUCUUCUCGGCCCCCAACUACUGCAAGCAGUUCAACAACAACGCCGCCGUGAUGUGCGUCGACGAGCUGUUGAUCUGCUCUUUUGAGGUGAUGAAACCGGUGUACCGCCCCAAGGCGCAGAUGAGCCGCGAGCUCGAGCAGAAGCGGAAGGCCCGAGCACAGGCCCUCAGCGCCGAGCAGGCCCGC